AUGGACGCCAAGACGCUGUGCCGGAGUGGAGGUGACCCAACACUGGUGAGUGACGAAAAUAUUCCAAGUCACGGCAAACCAGGGCAGGUGUAUCCAGCAGGCGCCAUACUAACCGAGGACCAGCGGGACUCGGCCACGGAGCUCGCCUUCAAGUAUGCCGUGUACCGCAUCAACAACGAUAAGGUGAUCCUGCCCAACACCACCCUCGUAUUCGACAUCCAGUACGUGCCGAGGGACGACUCCUUCCACACCGCAAAGAAAGCGUGCAAGCAGAUCACGUUCGGCGUCCAGGCCAUGUUCGGGCCCUUCGACCCCCUUCUUGGCUCCCACAUCCAGUCCAUCACCGACGCCCUGGACAUCCCGCACCUGGAGGCGAGGCUGGACAUCGAGCCCCAAGAGAAGGAGUUCAGCAUCAACCUGUUCCCGUCCCACACCUACCUCAACCAGGCCUACAAGGACAUGAUACAGUUCCUCAAGUGGAAGAAGGUGGCCAUCAUCUACGAGGAGGACUUCGGUCUCAUGAAGCUGCAGGAGAUCAUCCGUUCCCCGCCGUCCAAGACCAUUGAGAUGUACAUCCGCCAGGGCCACCCCGACAACUACCGGGACAUUCUGAAGGAGGUGAAGCACAAGGAGAUCUUCAGCAUCAUCGUGGACACGCUGCCGGGGAACAUGCGCCUCUUCCUACGAUGUCUCCUGCAGCUUCAGAUGAACGACUACCGCUACCACUACCUCUUCACUACCUUCGACAUCGAAACCUUUGACCUGGAGGACUUCAAAUACAACUACGUCAACAUGACCGCCUUCAGGAUCGUGGACACGGCCAACAGACAGGUCCUGAAGAUCCUGAAGGACAUGGAGAAGUUUCAACCCAGAUGUUGCGCCGACUAAACGAAACUUACCAACUUUUCCCCGCAGGCCGAACCCGCGCUCAUCUUCGACAGCGUCAACGUGUUCGCCAAGGGGCUGCACGCGCUGGAACGCUCCGCCACGCUCUCCCUCGCCAACCUGUCGUGCGAGAGUGAGACGCCGUGGGGGGACGGGUCAUCACUCUUCAACUACAUCAACGCGGUGGAGUACGACGGGCUGACGGGUCCCAUCAAGUUCACGGAGGGGAAGAGAACAAACUUUAAACUCGACAUCCUCAAGCUCAGAAUGGAACAGCUCUAUAAGGUCGGGGAGUGGACGCCGGAGACCCAGAUCAACAUAACAGACAGACAGGCGUUCUUCGAGGGAAGGGACAUUAGCAGUAGUAUGAAAUCAAGUAUUGAGAAGCCGUACGUGAUAGAGCAUAGAGGCAAGAACAUCACCGGCAACGCUCGCUUUUCCGGGUUCUGCCUCGACCUUCUGGACCACGUGGCGGGCAUGGUGGGCUUCAACUACGAGGUAGAAGUGGAGCCUCACGGGAGAUACGGGAACUACAACCAGACGACGGGGGAGUGGGACGGCAUGGUCAAGAUGGUUAUGGAGAAGGAGACGCCCUUCGUGAUGCUCAAGAAGGAGAAGAACCUCACGGGCAACGAUCGCUUCGCCGGGUUCUGCGUGGACAUGCUGGAGUACGUGUCGCGCAUGGCCGGCUUCAACUACAGGAUCGAGAUGUCCGGCGGCGGCGUGUACGGCAUGAUAGACACGGAGACGGGCGAGUGGAACGGCCUCGUGCGGGAGCUCAAGGACAAGAAAGCCGACCUCGCCGUGGGUUCCAUGACCAUCAACUACGCGAGGGAGAGUGUCAUCGACUUCACCAAACCCUUCAUGAACCUCGGCAUCUCGAUACUCUUCAAGAUCCCGUCGAGCCAGCCCACGCGCCUCUUCUCCUUCAUGAACCCGCUGGCCGUGGAGAUCUGGCUGUACGUGAUGGCCGCCUACGUGCUCGUGUCCUUCACCAUGUUCGUGAUGGCUAGGUUCUCGCCCUACGAGUGGAACAACCCGCACCCCUGCAACGCGGAGAGCGACGUCGUGGAAAACCAGUUCAGCGUCAGCAACUCCUUCUGGUUCAUCACCGGCACGCUGCUCCGCCAGGGCUCAGGACUCAACCCCAAGGUGCCCACGCGCGCCCCCACGCAGCUCUUUAGCUUUAUGAACCCGCUGGCCAUCGAGAUCUGGCUGUACAUCCUGGCCGCCUACAUCGUCGUCUCCACCACCAUCUACAUCGUGGCCCGCUUCUCCCCCUACGAGUGGCACUCCCCCAGCCCGUGCCAGGACAACAACAAGGAGGUCAUGCAGAACGAUUUCACGCUCUCCAACUCCUUCUGGUUCACGAUUGGGACGCUCAUGCAACAAGGGUCUGAUCUCAACCCAAAGGCGGCGUCCACCCGUAUCGUGGGCGGCAUCUGGUGGUUCUUCACGCUUAUCAUCAUCUCCUCCUACACCGCCAACCUCGCCGCCUUCCUCACCGUGGAGCGGAUGAUCACGCCCAUAGAGAGUGCGGAGGACCUGGCCAAGCAGAACGAGAUCGAGUACGGGACGCUGGAAGGCGGGUCAACCAUGGCGUUCUUCAGGGACUCCAAGAUUGAGACGUACCAGAACAUGUGGCGCUAUAUGGAGAGCAAGCGCCCCUCAGUGUUCGUGUCCACAAUCGACGAGGGCGUGACCAGGGUCUUGAAGGGUAACUAUGCCUUUCUAAUGGAGUCCACGAUGCUGGACUACACCAUUCAGCGUAACUGCAACCUGACCCAAGUUGGUGGACUCCUCAACUCCAACUCCUACGGCAUUGCCACGCCCAUUGGCUCGCCGUGGCGGGACAAGAUCUCUUUGGCCAUCCUGGAGCUGCAGGAGAAGGGUAUCAUCCAGAUGCUGUACAGCAAGUGGUGGAAGAACACCGGCGACGUGUGUAACAGGGACGAGAAGAACAAGGACUCCAAGGCUAACGCGCUGGGCGUGGAGAACAUCGGCGGGGUCUUCGUGGUCCUCAUGUGCGGCCUGGCCCUUGCUAUCGUGGUCGCCAUCCUAGAGUUUUGUUGGAACUCACGCAAGAACGCGCAGACUGACCGGGAUUACGACUACGAUUACGAGGACGAGGACGAGGACGAGGAGGGAGACGAGGAGAAGAAACAGAGGUUGGAGGACUUCUUGGAUGUCUUGGCAGCUGACGAUGGCCAGGAGGCGGGUGAGGGGGGAGAGGGGAAGCGGAAGACCAGAGAACAAAGAGCCCAGCAGUCCCUGUGCUCGGAGAUGGCGGAGGAGCUGCGGUUCGCCAUGCGGUGCCACGGGUCCCGCCAGCGGCCGGCACUCAGAAGGAACUGCUCGCGCUGCGCGCCGGGCACCACCUACGUGCCCGCCGCCAACACGCUGACGCAGGCCAACGGCGUGAGUGCCUUCUACAUCUCGCCGGGCACCUGCGCCACCCACCAGCCAGCCGGCGGCCCCUCCCCCCCGGACAACGCCUCCACCCCCGCCCCCGCCGCCUCCGACACCUACUCCCUCCCGGCUGACCUCACGCCCCCCCCGCCAGCCCCGCCGCCCCCCUUCCCCUUCCCGCCCGUCGUGCCCGUCAACUACACCUCCAGGCGCCCCUCCAUCCCCCUCCCCCUCGUGUCCACCUCCUCCCUCUCCUCCCUGCCGCCGCCGCCCUCGCCUCUCUCCUGCUCAUAAGGCGCCUCGCCCUCCACCUCCGCUUUCCCCUACACCUGCUGCUGCUGCUGAUUCUGCUCUGCUGCUUUCUUUCACCUGCACACCCUACCCUUCCCCCUCACACCCACACGUUCAAAACACUGCCUAGGUCUCAGGGCGCUCGCCGAUAGAGUCUUCCCUUUGCUUGAGACAGUACAAGCGCGCUGCCUCAACACUAGGACGCCGUGGAGGGAGUCUUAGUGACCUUGAGUGUACAAAGAACCGAGAGGAUGACUGAGAGAAGUACUGGGAGGAAAGUGAAGGAAGUGAAGGAGUGUAAGGUAAAGGAAGGGAGAUGUGGGAUAGGAGGAUGAGGAAAAGAGAGAAUCAUAGAGAGAGAUACAGGUUAGAAAGCUAAGGGAAGAAGUGAAA